GGCGCGGUCCCCGCGAUGCCUCGGGCCGCGGUGCGGGUGCUGCUGCUGGGGCUGCGGCCCUUCCCGCAGGCGCUGCGGGUGCAGGAGCGCUGCGUGGCGGCGGCGCGGGCGGCGCGGGCGGGGGCAGGGGCAGGGGCGGGGGCGGCCGAGAGCCUGGUGCUGAGCGAGCCGGCGGGGCCCGUGUACGCGUGGGGGCUGCGGGGCGAGCCCGGGCCGGCGGCGGCCGCGGGGCUGCGGGCGCGGGGAGCGGCGCUGGUGGCGGCGCGGCGCGGCGGUCACGUGACGUUCCACGGGCCCGGGCAGCUCGUGGCCUUCCCGGUGCUGGACCUGAGGCGCCGGCGGCUCCCGCUGCGCCGCUACGUGGGGGCCCUGGAGGAGCUGGGCCUGAGGCUCUGCCGCCGCCUGGGCCUCGGCGCCGCCCGCGCCCUCCCGCCGCCCUUCACCGGAGUCUGGCUGGGGGACAGCAAGGUCUGCGCCAUCGGGGUGCACUGCGGGAGCCACAUCACAUCGCACGGGCUGGCGCUGAACUGCUGCACCGACCUCAGCUGGUUCGAGCACAUCGUACCCUGCGGGCUGGAGGGGAAAGGGGUCACAUCCCUGAGCCAGGAGCUGGGCCGGCACAUCCCGGUGGAGCAGGUCCUGGAGCCCUUCCUCGACUCCUUCCGGGAGGUCUUUGACUGCACCUUGGUCUUCUCGGAGGAGCCUGGGGACUAAGAGAGCUGUGAUGGGAGCUGUGGGGACCUCCUGUGUCCUGGUGUCCUGGUGUGAAUGAUGGACGGUGGGUGAUGGAGCCACUCGGGGUGGUGGUGAUGGAGCCACUUGGGCCUUUACUGCAAAGUGCCUUUGCCUGUGGUGGCACAGAGAGGAUCAGGCUGUUGCUUAAACAUCCAAACUCCAUCAGGGCUGCUGUUCGCAGCUCCAUGGAUUGAGACCUCCGUGGGUACCACAUCCCCGCUGCGCACUCGGGAGAUGCUCAAAUAGAUGCUUCUGUGGGUUUAUCUCUGCCUCUUUUCUCCUAAAUAUCCCAGAUUUGGGUGAACACUCACACCCCCGAUGGAUGAGAAGAAAGGGGUCGAGCAUCCUUCCCUCACUGUGUAAAGAGGCAGAUUUUCUAUAAAGAGAAUUGCUGGGAACUUCA